AUAUUUACUCUCCCUACUCAAAUAUCACCAACAUAAACCAAAUACACAUAUAUCCAAAUUAGCGUGUACAAGUUUCCAUUUGUGUCUACUUCCUCUGAAGAUGGAAUGUGCUUUUGUUAUGCUGUCCUCGCCUUUGUCUUCCUCCACUCUCACCCUUCAGGGUUCUAACAAAUCUUUACAUCCCUGGUUGCAUGGCUCUGCACUUCCUAAACCAUUUCUUCAAAUUAAUGACAGACCGCGGUCCUUACUUUACCAGCGGAACUCAGCUACUCUCUCUUCGAGAUCACAUAGGGGGCUGAUAUCUGCAGAAGUUGGAAAACAAAGUUGGGACGUUGGUAGAUUUUUCAAAACGUUAUUUUUCUUCAAUGGACCUCCAUCUCCUGUUAAGUUCAUUGAAUUUCUAGCAGAGAAACUAUUCAGCCCAUCACCUGAUAAAGCACCAAUGGAUACCUCUGGCAUUGUCCUAGUUGCUGGAGCAACUGGUGGAGUCGGUAGAAGAGUAGUUGACAUCUUACGGAAGAAAGGAUUACGAGUUCGAGUAUUGGUCAGAAAUGAAGAGAAAGCAAGAAAGAUGUUAGGCUCAGACAUUGACUUGGUUGUUGGAGACAUUACUAAGGAGAGUACUCUGGUCCCUGAGUACUUCAAAGGAGUGAGAAAAGUUAUUAAUGCUGUUUCUGUCAUUGUUGGUCCAAAAGAAGGGGACACUCCUGACAGAGCAAAGUACAGCCAGGGAAUCAAAUUUUUUGAACCAGAGAUCAAGGGGGAUUCACCUGAAAAGGUGGAGUACAUUGGUAUGAGAAAUUUGCUUGAUGCUGUAAAGGGGAGUGUUGGACUUCGAAAUGGUAGACUAAUAUUUGGAUUUAAAGAUAAUAAUAUUAGGGAACUUCCUUGGGGAGCUUUAGAUGAUGUUGUAAUGGGUGGAGUUAGUGAAAGUACAUUUCAGAUUGACCCAAAAGGAGGGGAAAAUGGCGGACCAACUGGGCUUUUUAAAGGUGUUGUUUCCACUGCAAACAAUGGUGGCUUUACAAGUAUAAGAACAAAGAAUUUACCAGUACCUGAGGAUCUCUCUGCAUAUGAUGGUUUGGAGCUGCGUCUUAAAGGUGAUGGUCGCCGGUAUAAACUUAUUGUUAGGACUAGCCAGGAAUGGGAUACUGUUGGUUAUACAGCAAGCUUUGACACUGUUCGAGACCAGUGGCAGUCUGUGCGGUUGCCAUUUUCUUCUUUGAGGCCGGUAUUUCGUGCACGGACUGUAACGGAUUCCCAACCAUUUGAUCCAAGCAAUAUUAUAUCAUUGCAGCUUAUGUACAGCAAAUUUGAAUAUGAUGGGAAACUGAAUCCAACCUUCCUGGAAGGUGAAUUUCAGCUUCCAAUAUCAAGCAUCCUGGCAUACAUAAAGGAUCCCGUAACUCCCAGGUUUGUACAUGUGAGCUCUGCAGGAGUUACACGACCUGAUAGGCCAGGACUUGAUCUUAGUAAACAACCUCCUGCGGUCCGCUUGAAUAAGGAAUUGGAUUUUAUCCUGACAUUUAAGUUGAAGGGGGAAGAUUUAAUACGGGAAAGUGGACUUCCAUAUGCAAUUGUGAGACCAUGUGCAUUAACAGAGGAGCCUGCUGGAGCAGAUCUCAUUUUUGACCAAGGCGACAAUAUAACGGGCAAGAUAUCAAGAGAAGAGAUUGCUAGAAUUUGUGUUGCUGCUUUGGAAAGCCCAUAUGUUAUAGACAAGACAUUUGAGGUUAAGAGUGUUAUACCAUUUAGCGAGCCAUUCACUGUGGACCCAGAAAACCCACCCCCAGAAAAGGAUUACAAUAUUUAUUUUAAAGAUUUGAAGGAAGGCAUUACUGGGAAAGAACUCCUAGAACAAAGUCCUCUACCAGUCUGAUGCCUGUGCAUAUCUAAAAUAAAAAAGCAGAGACUUCUUUUGAAGCAUUAGAAGUGAUGAAGAGAGAUUAGCAUAACACGUUUGUAUUACAUCAUUUGUAAAAUCAAAAUGGUCAGUUAACUUAGUUGCUCGUAACAUUCAUAGGUUUGGAACUUCUGGUUUUGCCUUGUGAUGAAUUCAGAAUGUACAAUUUCUGUGUAUAUAAUAUCAGCAUAUAUGUGAUAAAGAAAGGAGAAUGAGAAGAUAAAAAGGUAUUGCAUGCAUAAACAGUUUUCAUAGAUCGGGGGUUUUCCUAAUUAUAUUACACAUUCUCAAUGGGAAGCUCAUAUAAAAAUUCUAUCUA